AUGAGCACACGUCUUGCUGCACUGUGUAAUGGAAUCGCAUGCUUUCCAACCACGCUAGCACAGCAGCGUCGAUGGAUAACACGGCUGUAUACCUCUUAUUACCCCGGUGUGUUGUAUCCCAACCAGCUUGUGCAGGGGAAACAGAGUCUACCACCAGGUGUCACUCUCAGCACAGCACUUAAAAAGAUGCCUCAAACAAGACAUGAAGAAUCCACUAAAGAAAAUGACCCUCACAAUGGAAAUGAAACACGCGGUGUUUCAUGGACAGAUGCCAGUAGUACCGAUUUGAUGCAUGCACACAAUGCAGGGCGACAGGAGAGUCUGUCUGCUGCAACGCAGCGGCCGUAUGUACCGCUUGGUGAGGUGGCCAAGUUGGAGUUGCAGGGAGAUUAUUACAUGGAGGGCGGUCUCUUCCAGGAGGCAUUGGAGCAUUACGGUGUUGUCGCCAAGGCGUACUCGAUUGCCUACCCCGAGAAUCAUUCAAAGCGUAUUGGCAUUCUCUUGAAGCUCGCUGGUGCCUUCCGUCAUGUUGGUCGGCUUGAUAGCAGUAAGGCGAACAUUGAAAAUGCGUUGCGAAUGCUGGAUGCAUCGACUCGGUCGUCGCUUGAGCUUAUAUGUGAAGCCUUAUUGGAACUAGGGUUGACACGAGAGGCGUUGGGCAUAAAACAGGAGGGCGCAGAGGCCUACGAAGAGGCUGUGGAGGUGAUGAACCUCUUUCACAACUGGGGAGAAUCCCAUCGGAUGUUGCGUUUGUUGCCGCGCUUGGGGCGUCGCUUUAGCCUCAACUUUGAGGAAAAAUUUGUGUACUUCAGUCCGUUUGACUACGACCGCACCUUCGCCAUCGCGGACCAGUGUAUGGAGCGUGCGGAGCGCGUCUACCGCGAGGCUGGGAACAACGAAGGCGUCAUCCGGGUGCUUCAGCGGAGAAAAGAAAUGAUUGACAAGAAGUUUUUUAACCUUCGUGACUUCGCUGGACGCAUACACACAAUGCGAGGGCACUGGAUGCGGCGCGCGCAGCAUCUAACAAAUGCCCCGACACCGGAUGAACUCCUGCGGUACACGCCAACCAUCCAUCAGGUCCAUCGCGACUUCAAGUACGAACUCACGGCUCCAAUUGGUCGUGAAAAGGAUGUAAUGCCUGGCGUCAACCGAGUCGUACUAGACAUGGGCAAUCCAUACCGCCGACGCGGGCGACUGUCCAACAAAAUGUUGCGUGACGCCGAUCACAAUUUUGCCAAGUAUGUCCGCCAGAAGGAGUACAACAUAUGA